AUGGGAAUAGACUUGUUGAGCAAAUUCCGAAUCGCGGGAACACAUCCCAAUGAAGAAUACGAAGCACACGAACAAGCAGAUCUCGAGCAACGGGUCCCAGGCGCUCCCGAGAAAGGACUAUAUCUCCUCGAGGAAGUGGAGAUCAAGUGCAAUAUCACACUAAUGUCCUUUGUGAAAGGCCAGUUAAAAGCAGCGUCGAAGGUUUUGGUCGAUCGGCUGAUGAAGAAGGCGGAGCUUCUUGAUCAGGGUGUUUUGCAGGCGUCGUUUGAGGAUGGGAAGUUGAGGACGUUUAAUCCGGCGGAUCGGACGGAGUAUACUUUGCAGAUGCAGGGUCAGACUUCGCCUUUGAUGCCUGCUUCGCCGACUUGGCCCUCGAGGUGGGGAUCUAUGUCUUCUUCUGGGCGGACUAGGGCUUCGGUUGUGCCGCAGUAUGGGGCGGAUUAUGGGGCUGUGGAGAUGCAGGAUACUUCGGUGGUUAAUCGGGGGUUGCCUUUCACGAAGUUUGAUAAAGGGUUUCCGACUGAGUUGCCUGCUAAUGAGAAGAUAUCUAGGGAAUAUAAGUGA